AUGGUUGGUACCUAUCGCUAUGGCCUGGCUCUCUUCAGCGCCCUGAGCCUCUGCCCUCGAUCUUCUGUUGGACUUCCUCCAAGCCCGCACACAUAUUCGUAUCACAAUGGCACUUCUGAAGGCUCCGCCCUGACCGUCCUUGCCUCAUCUCGCGCCGUCGUCGGAGGCCACCUGACUGAGGCAACGCUGGUGGUAAACACAACCACGGGCAAGAUCACAUCGGUUUUCGAUUCCGUUCUCUCUGCCUCGGACUUCCCACCCGGCACUUUGUUCCUCGAUCAUUCGCCAAAGCUUCUCCUUCCGGGCUUGGUGGAUACGCAUGUGCAUCUCAAUGAGCCUGGUCGAACAGAAUGGGAGGGAUUCUACACCGGUACUCGUGCUGCGGCGUCUGGCGGUGUUACCACUCUCAUCGACAUGCCAUUGAAUGCCCUUCCGCCCACGACCACCGUUGAGAAUCUCGAAAUCAAGACUCAAGCUGCCCAGGGUAAGUGCUGGGUGGACGUCGGUUUCCAUGGAGGUAUCAUCCCUGGCAACGAGAACGACCUGGUGCCUUUGGUCGAGGCUGGGGUCAGAGGCUUCAAGGGAUUCCUCAUAGACAGCGGGAUCGACGAAUUCCCCGCCAUCAACGCCACCGACAUCGAAAAGGCCCUCCUCGCCCUCGCCGACGCCCCCACAACCGUCAUGUUCCACGCCGAAAUGGUUCCGCCCAACAUCACGCUCGCCGGCUCCUCCGACGGCGUCCCCAUCCCCGGCCCACGCACGAACUACCAAUCCUACCUCUCCACGCGACCCCCCACACUCGAGACCUAUGCCAUCAACCAGAUCCUCUCCCUCGCACACGUCGCGCCGGACCUCGACCUGCACAUCGUGCACCUCUCCGCGCAAGAAGGCAUCCCGCUGCUGCAAGAGGCCCGCAAGCGCGGCGUGCGCAUCACGGCCGAGACGUGCUUCCACUACCUCAGCCUGGCGGCCGAGCAGGUCGGCGAGGGCGACACGCGGUACAAGUGCUCGCCGCCGACGCGCGAGCAGGCGAACCAGGACGGGCUGUGGGCCGAGCUGCUGCGGGGCCGCAGGGACGGCGUGAUUCAGCAGGUCGUGUCGGACCAUUCGCCGUGUACGCCGGAUCUGAAGCUGUUGCCGGAGAGACAUCCGGUCGAGCCGCAUAGUGUGGAAGGUCAGGCGGGGGAUUUUUACUCGGCUUGGGGCGGUAUUAGUGGGUUGGGGCUGGGGCUGAGUGUGCUGUGGACGGAGGGGGAGAAGAGGGGGUUGGGGAUUCAGGAUGUGGUGAGGUUGGCGUCGACGAACACGGCGGAGAUGGUGGGCUUGGACGGGAGGAAGGGUGACCUGGGGGUGGGGUAUGAUGCGGAUGUUGUUGUGUUUGAUGAUGAGGCGUCGUUUGUUGUCGGGCCCAGCACCAUGCAGUUCCGCCAUAAAGUGUCGCCGUACGAGACUAGGAAGUUGAAGGGCGUUGUCGAGGAGACUUGGCUUAGGGGACAGAAGGUCUAUGCAAGAGGCCAGGGGCUUGUGCCGGAUGCCCCAUCGGGAAAGCUUCUGUUGGAGCCGAGGAAGCUGAAGUAA